AUGAAUAGCAAUUCGAUUUUCGAAAAUCUGAGCGACUUCUCAAAUUCGUACGUGGACAAAAUUCAUAGAAGCAAAGAGGAGGACGACCCCAAUAUAGCCUUCCUGUGCAAUACGAAGGAAGCAGUUCUACAUAAGAGAAGGGUGAACAUUGAUAAUUUACUCAUAAACAGUGAGUACAAUUUCGUAGCGCAGUUAAACAUAGUUAAUAAGCCGAUCUCUGUGGAACCCUACACACGAGACGUUUCUCACCAUGUGAGGGGAACUAAACGGAGUGAUAAAAGGUUUGGUGGUGCAGAUGCGGACCCAAGCCAGCAAAGGGUGCGACCGAAAAUGGCCUCCAAAGUGCUGCCCCCGGUGGGGCAACCCACAAGGAAAAAGGCCGACCAAAAUGGUAGGCAUAGGGUUAAGCAAGGGGUUAAACAAAGGAUCGGGCAAACAAUUCGAAACAAUUCAGCAAAAGAGGUGGGUCGAGGAAUAAGACAAAGCACAUCCCAAACGGUACGACUAAAGAGUAGACAUGACGAGAAACCCGGGGAGAUGCACACAAACGAAGGAGGCCAAGACGUGCGCGAAGAAAAGCAUCUCAGAAGCCCCACCUCUUCCUCGGAUUGGUAUGACAAAAACAUGUACAGAAAUUAUUACCUACUGAACAAAAGUUGCGCAUACUUAAAGUCCAAAUGUGUUAGGGAUACAGUUUUAGAUCCAUAUGGAAUGGAGGUGGAGGAACGGAUCAAUGGAAGCUACCAGGCUAAUCUUCGUGAUGAAAAUGGUCACACGUGUGGCCGGAGUUAUCCUUAUGAUAAUACAAAAGUUCGUAAAAAAAGGGCGUUCCAUUUCAAAAUUGAUAAGGAAAAAGCUUCUGAUUUGGGAACAUAUAAUGGUAAUAUGAGCUCGGACAUAUUACUAUAUAAUAGCCAAUGUGAUUAUGGUAAGUACCCUGAUAAAAUAGAGACAUAUGAUUUUUUAGAAGAAUGUGAGUAUGAAAAUGGCACCAAUUCUGCGGACCAAACAAAGUACGACGAUGGUGGAUCAUCUCUCGAGAUGCUACACAUUCUUGAAAACGAAAAAGACAACAACAUUUCGGAUAUGAAAAAUUUAUCCGUGCGCAAACAUUCAUACAGACACAGAGGAGAAACCUAUUCGGAGCUAAAAAAACCAUCAUCCAGGAACAUGUCUCAAUUGAUGAAAAUAAAAUUUUUAAUAGAUAAAAAAAAAAAUUCAUCCAAGAGAAAAAAUGCAAGUUCCCCAUUUUCUCAUUAUAAAAAUAACAGUACACUUGUAAAAUUCCUCAUGGCUGAAAUAAAAAUAGAAACAAAGUUAUACAAGUUAAUUUUAUUCCUAUUCCUUUUGAUAUUCUUGUCACUCUUUAAGGAUAUGCCUAAAUACAUAGUUAUUACAAGAAAGUGCUACAACAUAUAUGAAAGUCCAAUAAAAUCAAUUAAAAGAAUAUUAAAAUAUGUAAUUUGGGCUUUAAAAAUUGGGUAUAAAUUUACUUCUCCAUUUAUUCUGUAUAUGUUAUCAUUUUUUGGUGUAAUAAUUUUCCGCAUUUUUUUACUUCUCAACAUUCCAAUCUUCCUUUUGCUAUUUUAUUGCAAAUUUUUUUUGAAAAAUGAGGAGCCCACUGUUAAGCUGUACCUCCUUUUUGUUGUCAACAUGUACAAGUAUAUUGUUUUCCAUUUUGCUCACAUUUUAAAGAAUUAUUCCAAUGACAUUUGUUUCCGUGAUUUUUUGUCCGUCAUUUGUGUAUCCUUUCAUUUCAUUUUUGUUUCCCUCUAUCGAAUUGUGCACAGAAUUUACACUCAUAAAGUUCGCUAA